AUGGGGUCUAUGGCACCCGGACCGAAGGUGGUCAUCAUCGGCGCCGGCAUCGUCGGCACGAAUCUCGCGGAUGAGCUGGUCUCGCGAGGAUGGAGAGACAUCACAGUUGUUGAGCAGGGCCCGCUGGAGAUGCCCGGCGGCUCAACGUCACACGCACCAGGUCUCGUGUUCCAAACGAAUCCUUCCAAGACCAUGACUCUGUUCGCCAAGUACACGGUUGAGAAGCUACUUUCGCUCGAAAAGGACGGCCAGAGCUGUUUCAACCAAGUUGGAGGACUCGAAGUCGCUACAACACCGGCCAGAUUAGCCGAGAUCCACAGGAAACUUGGCUACGCUCAGUCAUAUGGCAUUCCAGCCAAGAUACUGACAGCAGACGAGUGCUACGAACUCUACCCAGAACUCAACAAGGAUAUGGUUCUGGGCGGUCUGCAUAUUCCCAGCGACGGACUCGCGCUCGCAGCACGAGCCGUGCAAUUGCUGAUCGAGAGCACACGAGCGGCCGGCGUCAAAUAUCUCGGUGCAACGACGGUGACUGGUAUCGAGCAAAAGAACGGUCAUGUCACGGGAGUGAAGACCGGCGACGACGUCAUUCCUGCCGAUAUCGUGGUCUCUUGCGCUGGGUUCUGGGGUGUUGAGAUUGGUGCGAUGAUCAAACUGCCCGUCCCCCUUCUCCCUCUGGCACAUCAGUACGUCAAGACCAAAUCUGUUCCAGCUCUGGCUGCUCGAAACAAUCAAGCACCCAAUGGCGCGUCGCUUCCCAUCCUCAGGCACCAAGAUGCAGAUCUGUACUACCGCGAGCACGGCGAUAAGUAUGGUAUCGGCUACUACGGCCACAAGCCAAUGGCAGUUGUUGCGAAGGACCUCGGUGCGACGCCAAAGGAAGUCACAGAGAAGCAGAUGCCAUCACGGCUAGACUUCACCCCAGAAGACUUCGAGCCCGCAUGGCAAGAAUCAAAACGGCUGCUGCCCGCUCUGAAGGAUGUCGAGAUCGACGACGGCUUCAACGGCAUCUUCUCGUUCACCCCUGACGGCGGAUCGCUCGUCGGUGAGGCACCCAAUCUGGACGGUUUUUGGGUCGCUGAAGCAGUCUGGGUCACCCACUCAGCCGGCGUCGCCCGUGCCGUCGCCGAAGCUCUGACCGACGGCCGCUCACAAAUCGACAUGGGUGACUGCGACAUCAACAGAUUCGAAGAGGUCCAGACCACCAAAGCAUACGUCGAAGAGACCAGCAAGCAGAACUUCGUCGAAGUCUACGACAUCCUCCAUCCCCUUCAGCCCAAAGACUCACCCCGAAACCUCCGCGUCAGCCCCUUCCACGCCCGCCAGCAACAACUCGGCGCGUACUUCCUCGAAGGCGGCGCCUGGGAACGGCCAUACUGGUACGAAGCCAAUCGCGAACUCCUCAAAGAACUCCCCGAGGAAUGGCUACCCGUCGAGCGUGACGGCUGGUCAACACGUUUCUACUCGCCCAUCGCGGCCGCAGAAGCCUGGAAAACUCGCACAGCCGUCGCCAUGUACGAUAUGACCCCCCUUCGCCGCCUCGCAGUCGAAGGGCCCGGCGCUGAAGAACUCCUCGACCGACUCGCCACCGGCGACAUCACCAAGAAGCCACUCGCAGUAUCUGGUCCCGUCACAUACACCCUGUUCCUCGACAACAACGGCGGCGUCAAGUCCGACCUGACGAUCGCCCGCAUCACAGACGACUACUUCCAAGUCGGCGUCAACGGUCCCACCGACACAGCCUACGUCUCGCGCCACGCGCGCUGGCAGCGGCAAGCCGACCCGCCGAAAUGGGUCACCGUGAAGGACAUCACGGGCCAAACCUGCUGCAUCGGUCUCUGGGGCCCGAAAGCGCGCGAAGUCAUCAACAAAGUCAGCAAGGACGACUGGUCGAACAAAGGCCUGCGGUAUUUCCGCGUCAAGCGCGCCACCGUAGCCGGCAUCCCCGUCACCGCUAUGCGGCUUUCGUAUGUUGGUGAGCUCGGCUGGGAGAUCUACACGAGCGCCGAGUACGGCCAGAAGCUGUGGGAUGCGUUGUUCCGUGCUGGGCAGCAGGAAGGGAUUGUGGCUGCGGGUAGGACGGCGUUCAACUCGUUGCGGCUUGAAAAGGGUUAUCGCUCGUGGGGUACUGAUAUGACCACGGAAUAUGACCCGUACGAGUCCGGUGUUGGGUUCGCCGUCAAGGCCGACAAGAAGGAUUACAUUGGGCAGACUGCGCUUGAGGGCAAAUCGGUAGAGACUGCCAAGAAGCGGCUAAGGUGUUUGACUGUGGAUGAUGGGCGUUCGAUGGUUUUGGGCAAAGAACCCGUGUUCAGUGAGGGUAAGGCCGUUGGGUAUGUCACUUCGGCCGCUUUUGGUUACACAGUCAGGAAACCGAUUGCGUAUGCUUGGUUGCCGUCGGCGAUCGAGGAGGGCGCGAAGGUUGAGUUGGAGUACUUUGGCAAGAAGAUUGCCGCGACUGUCACGCCUGAGCCCUUGUUUGAUCCGAAGAUGGAGAGGUUGAAGGGCUGA